UUCCAAUUCACAACUCACCAUGGAGACUCAUCGCCGGCACAAAAGUAGUUCCUCCGGCGACAACUUCACAUUCCCCGCUAUGUCACCCGACAUGGAUAUAGACUCUGAACUAGCCGACCAUUUGUUCUCAAAUGGCAAACUCCUCCUCCACACUUUCCCUAUUAAACCAAAAGGUUUAACAAGUUGUACCUUUUCAAGGACAUGCAGUGUAAAUAGUAAAGAUUCACUAGUGUCCUCGCGGAGCACUAGUACAAACAGUCGCAGCAGCAGCAGUAGCAGUAGUAGUUGCAGCAGUGCGAGAACAAGCACUAGUGAGACUUCUAGCCCCGGAUCUACCACGAGAACCGCGAUAUUAUCUAGAAAUGGAAGCCGGAGCCCGGUUCACUACACCAACAAUUAUUAUCGUCCGGCUCAAAGGUGGCAGUUCAUGGCGCCCGUUCCUGUACUAAACCGCCCGACUUCCCAACGAAGGAAAGCGGAUUACGAGAAGCAAAAAGGGUCGCCGGAGAAGACGAAAUACACUAGGAGAAAAGGGUAUUGCCAGAGAUUUUUCCGGUGGAUUGUGUCAACAUGCAAAGAAUGCCAUGCUAUGGAGCCGUCCAAGAAAAUGUUUUGACUGCUCAAUUUUUUUUAUUUUUAUUUUUUUUGAAGUUUUUUGAACCUUUUUCUUCUACUUUUUUGCUAAUGUAAAGUGGGAUUGUGUUAUUUUGUCAUAAA